UAUUCUAAGCGUUAGAAAUAAUUGAAAUUAAACGGUUAGGAUAGUUUUAUUAUUAUCUACGAUUCGCCGAAAUAGAAGAAACUGCUAUAAUCUUAAAAUGUAACAAAUUCGCUAAACGUGAAGUUUUGUCCUUUGAAGUCACCAGAAAUUCCGUUUUUAGAUCUGGACAAAUAGGCUUGUAAGCUACCUAAUGUCAAGGAAAGGAUGUCAAAAGUAUAACCUCAAAAUUUGACAGCCGGGUAACAAUAAACAUCAAACAAACUAAAACUUAUAGAAGUUUUAAAUUGUUAACACAAAUGUAAUGUUGUUUUAGUAAAAAUUUCAAUAUUAACACAUUGAAAUGCCUACUUGGAACCAAAUACAGUCACAACUUAGGAAUCCUAACAAUCCAGUAGUGUUUUUCGACAUUACUGUAGGAACAACGGAAAUAGGUCGUAUGAUAUUCGAGUUAUUCGCCGACGUAGUACCAAAAACUAGUGAGAACUUCAGAGAAUUUUGUACCGGUGAAUACAGGCGGGAUGGUGUGCCCUUAGGUUACAAAGGAGCUACUUUUCACAGAGUAAUAAAAGAUUUUAUGAUUCAGGGUGGCGAUUUCGUAAAUGGAGACGGUACAGGCGUUAUGAGCAUAUAUGGUGGAAGCACUUUUGCAGAUGAAAACUUUGGUUUGAAACAUGACUCUCCAGGGUUAUUGUCCAUGGCAAAUAGUGGUAAAGACACGAAUGGCUGUCAGUUCUUUAUCACAUGUGCAAAAUGUAAUUUCUUAGACAAUAAGCAUGUAGUAUUUGGUAGAGUUAUAGAUGGAUUACUUGUCAUGAGGAAAAUAGAAAAUGUACCAACAGGACCAAAUAAUAAACCUAAAAUACCAGUAACAAUAUCUCAAUGUGGACAAAUGUAAAUAAAACUUCACUUUAAA